UUUCUAUAUGUGACCUCGGUAAUGUCACGUGUCAUUCCAAUCAUGACAUCACACAAACUAGGUCAGCUGGAGAUAUGGGUGUCGUUCAUUUCUAACCGUUUUAAUGGAACUUGGACAUGUCAAGCAUUGUCGAGCAACGUUCAGCCUUAAUGCAGGACAGAUAGAGCUUAAAAUUGUAACACUGCUAAAUGAUCUCCAUCUCAAAGCCAAUCAGGGCUCUAGUUGACACAUAAAGUGGCGUGGUGUAUGAACAGCAGCUUCGACGGUCGCAAGCUUGUUUGGUACAACCUAUCUUUGUGAAUCAGCCUUUUAUUAUAUGAACUUCAUCAAGAACAAACACUGAACACGCCUCACCAAUGAACAUCUGCGAGACUCACCCAGAGUUUUGGUGUCAAGUUGCAAACCAGAGUACAACACAAAGGUGGAGAACAUGCAAUACCAGGUUUCCCACGUACUGAGGGGGAAUACACCAGAUUUGGUCUUGAUCAAAAAUAUCUUAUUCAUGAUUUGUUAAUUGUGUUAAUAUAACAUUUGAUAGCACAACUAGUAUUGAUAGUUUCACAAAUAAUUAACAUUAUCAGUGUCACCUUGGCUAAAUACCAUUAAUAUCAAUUUGGCAAUUCAAAAUCUAAUUUAAAUUCUUUAAAUCUCUGUUUCAGGCUGUCGACAUUUUGAAUAUUUUUUUUUUUCAUUUUUAAAUUGUGCAUGGAAAGGGACUAGGGAGUUAACUGGAAAAUGGCUUACCUCCUGGUAAUAAAGUAUAUUAUGAUAAAUACUGUAACUAAUUGGUAAUAACUAAUUGACACGGAAAGAAAAUAGGGUGUUAUGCGAUUCUUACAUACGUACCAUAUUUCAUUUCAACUUUUGUUUCGAAUCGUAGUCAAAUUCGGACUAUUAUAUAAUAUAUAUGGAUGGUCAGUCACGUUUUAAUACAUGGUAGUACCAUUUAUCAAUAUUUUUUUGUUAUAUUUGUGCCAUGUCAUUAUUUAAAAAUGAGAUAAAGAAAUAGUCAGGUUAAUUGAUUAUGUAAUCGAAAACAGUAUUUCGCUAAAAAUAUCUAUGCACAAAGUUUUAUUUCUUUUUCAAAUUUGAUGUUCCAAAUAUGGCUGGUACGAACCGUAUUACGACAUGUUGAGAAAGUUAACAUUUUUAGCGACUACUUGCUGCUAGACUGCUUCCAUAAUUUCCUUUAACAAUAAGCCUUAAUCAAUAUUUCUGAUUCAAACAAACACUCGUAACCGUCUAAUUAUCAUGUACAACAUACAUAUACCGUAUAUAUACCGGCACUAUUAUUGUUGCAUGGGCACCAGUACGGCAGCAACAAUCAGUUAACGUGAGAGCGUGGUAUUUUCGAACGGUAGAUUGUAGUGCAUCGACAAGAACGAAAAUUUGAGGCUGUUUAUUUAACACCUCAAAACUGAUUUAAUCCGAUGUGCCUUGCCUACAAAUAUGUGACAAUCGUAAUAUUUUAGAAUUUUUCGUCAACGAUAACCUGCAGAAAUCUGUUGAUUUACAUGUCAGAUAAAUUAUAUAACUAUGUUAUCAUAAAUACAAGAGAAAAUUGAAAUAGUAUUUUUACUAGUAUUAUAUAUUUAUAUUAUGUAUGCAGUUAUUGUCAAGAAUAUUGCAAUUAACAGUCAAUGAAAGACUCGCGACAUUUGAACUGGAACAGGUUUAAUAAAUAAAUGCGUUCAUCGAAUGAGCGAUUUUAUUUUAGGUUAAUAUAACUCUAAGAGAAGGCAAUGAAGUUUCAAGAGUUCUUCAUUGCAAUCAUUUUAUCCUGGGUUCUUGGACUGGAUAGUGCCGUUAUAAAAGUGAAUUCAGUAUGGAGCAAAUGGACGUGUUGUCGUCAAAUCGUGAAUAUUCAGUCACGUGAAAGAAUUGUACAGGCACCUAGAAUUGAGAUGGAAUACAAAAAAUGUAACACAAGCUACUGCGAACCUCAUAUGUGCAAAGACAAUGUGAACGUUUGCAAUACAUUUAUUAUGAAAAAAUCAGCUUGUUCUCCAAGUAAUACCAUGUCGACGUUCAUGAGCGACCAUUGUCCUGUAAGUUGCGGUUAUUGCAAUUACAAAUCAGAAGCAACCACGUCGACUAAGACGUCAAUAGCAACCAGUCGACCUACGUGGUGGAACCCCACAACAAGUAAUCCCAACGGAAACACGCAGAGACCGACAACUUCUACUUCAACUCGACCUGCUUGGUUACAAGCUCAAACCACAACUAGUCCCACAAGGGCCACCUACAGCCUUUCUACGAAGCCAUCAACACAGGCUUUAAGUUCGCAGUCAACAAUAAUAAAUCCAAUGAUAUGGCAGCAACUGAACCAGAACGCGUUUACUCGACUCCGGAUGCUCAAAAUCAAUUUUCCCAAAGUAAAUUUUGGAUGGGGAUAAAUUAUCACGUAUUUGCCUGAUCGUUGUCAAUAUUUUAUGACAAUUUUGUUCGGAAAAUCACAAUCAUAUUUGUAAAAUAUUUGGAACGUAAAACUAUAAAUUAGUCAUUUCGGACCUCCUGAAGUAUAUAUGCGCACCAAGAGGGCGCACAAACUGAACUCAGGUUGUGUACCAGGUUAGGGUUCAGGUUGUGCGACAUCUUGGUGCGCAUACUUCAGGAGUACCGUCAUUUCAAUGUAUAAUCUCUCAAGCUAAGAGUAGUAAGUAAAUAGUUGUUUGGUGUCUCAGAGUUGUGUUAUGCUUUUGUUUUAUUAGUCUGAUUGCAAUGCAGUUGUUAUACGUAGGCUACGUAUAUUCUUUUGAGACAGGGAUAUUUUAUUUUUUCAUCAACCAAAAUAAAUAAUAAAAUCGUAAUAACAAAAAAAUAUUAACAAGUAAUAAAUUAGUUUGGUAUAGACAGGAGGGAGUGAUACGACCAGACAGACGGCCACCAAAGUCAAUUCCAACAGAUGGUGAAACACCUAUUUUGUCUUCUUACAAAUUUGUAAAAGAGAUUUGAAAAAUAUACUUGUUUCUAAUAUACAGACGUGUUAGCGACGGUUAAACCUGACUUUAUGUGUCUAGUGCAUAUUUUAAUUGACCUUUAUUGUGAAAAUUUUCCAUCAAAAUAAGAGCAUUCAGUUCUUUUUAUUUACGCUACAUUUAUGGUUGCGAGAUUCCUUAAAAAUGAACAAUAAAAUAGUAAGUUUUCAAACAAACGCUCUGUUUUAAAUUGAGUUAGAACCGCAUUCCGCAACCAUUCAUCACCUAAUUCUUUUCUGAAUACAAUAAUUAAAGAGACGGUAACACCGCAACAGACUAAAGUCAUUUUAUUAUUACCCAAGUAUCUA